GGCCGCCUCGUUUGCCCCGUUGCCGCUGCGUUUUUCCACAUGUAAUUCCUUUCGCCAGACAGCCUGGGGAAGAAAUUCAUUAAGAGGGGCAACCUCCCAGCAGGCGGGAUGGGAAACAUCUUACGGUCUGUGUCUCUGAACUGAGCUCUGGGUGGAAAUUUCGUUACCGGAAAAAACAUGGGAAGAGAAGAAAAGAAAAGGCGUGGAAAUAUGGGGAAGGCGCUCACUCAUUUCUGUGAUUAUCUGCAUGGUUUCUGGACAUGCAGGUGCCUACAGAGGAUGCCCUUUCACUUACUGGAUAGAGGCAGUUUUAGGAUGCGCUCCCUGAGGAAGACGCUGUUGCUCGCCAUUCUGGUGUCUGUGGUGCUGGUACUGGCCCUCUUCCAUUCAUGGCCCACUCGGGCCUACACCACAGUGGAUGUGUGGCAGCGACCUGGGCCAAUAGUAGAGAGGCUUCUGGAGGAGAGGCUUCCGGAGCCUGACCACCGAUUAAGCAACAUCCCCUUUCGUGUGAGGGAUAAUGUGGCAAAUCUGCUGGCGCGUAAUGGGUGCGUAUGUGAGGGUGAGAGUGGAGGAGUAAACCUGCCCUUUGCUCAACUCUUGUUCCCGCGAGUGUCAGCUCACCCGCUGCACACUGCCUUUGAGGCCUCCGAGCUGGAGGAAGUGAAGAGGAGACGGGCCAAAGAGUACAAGGGCUUCCAGAAGAGGACACAGACACCUGCAGAUGUUCUCAUUGUUGCUGAGGCUAACAAUCCCUUACAGUAUCCAACACAGGGGGUGGAGGUACGGCCCCUGAAAACAAUCAUCAUCCCCGGCUUGGCCUUACACAACGUUCCCAGAGACCAUUACUCAAUAAACAUUACAGCCACGCUGGGAACGCUGAACGUGGCAGCACAGGUAGACGGGGUGAAAAUCAAAGGUGAUGGUGAGAUGCACAUGACUCUGUCUAGCAGCCUCCUGCUGUACCUGAACCGACAGCUGCAGUUUGUCACCUACACGAACACACUGUUUCACCCCAGCACGGCUGACACAGUGCAGUUUGAGACAGAGGGGCAUCAAGCCGUCUUCAGCAUCAAGAUCCGUCACGCUGUAACACCCAAACUGUACAACACUGGAUCCAAGGGAGACUACAAUGUAAGCGCCCUCGUUACCAUAGCUACGAAGACUUUCCUGCGUUACGACAAGCUUCAAGAUCUAAUCGACAGCGUCCGAAGGUACUAUCCUGCUGUCACCAUAGUAAUCGCCGAUGACAGUGAAAACCCCAAGACCAUCUCCGGGCCUUACGUCGAACACUACAUCAUGCCCUUCGGAAAGGUAAGGAGGCGCAGGCGACACACGCUGACGUCUCUCCGUUUCACGGUCUCUCUGCCGCUCGCUCGAGCUCAAGCUCAGUGUCACGUGUCGCAGGGUUGGUUUGCCGGGCGAAACCUGGCCGUCUCCCAGGUGACCACGAAGUACGUGCUGUGGGUGGAUGACGACUUCAUCUUCACGGCCGACACAAGGCUGGAGAGGCUCGUGGACGUUUUGGAGCGGACCACUCUGGAUCUGGUGGGUGGUGCGGUGCGGGAGGCCACAGGCUAUACCGCCACCUACAGGCAGACCAUCUCCGUCGAGCCUGGGGAGGAGGACGGUGACUGUUUACACAUGAGGAGAGGAUUUCACCACGUCAUCCAAGGCUUCCCCAACUGCGUUGUCACGGACGGGGUCAUUAACUUCUUCCUGGCGCGCACCGACAAAGUCCAGCAGGUCGGCUUUGACCCACGCCUCGCCAGGGUGGCUCACCUGGAGUUUUUCAUCGAUGGCCUGGGAUCUCUCCACGUGGGCUCUUGCGAUGAUGUCAUUGUCAAUCAUGCAACCAAAAUCAAACUUCCCUGGGUCAGCCAAUCGGAGAGCGACAAGACCUACGCCAAGUUUCGUUACCCGCCGGCCUCUUCUGACGCCACACGCACGAAAAACGGCCUCCUGUUCUUCAAGAACCGAUUUCAGUGUUUGACUCAUAAUUAGUUCCUCCUCUCCUCUUUAUCCCGAGGCUCCUCUGCUCUUCCUGAGUUGCCAAAGAAGCUCUUGUCCACUGCGUCCCGUCAGAUAAGAUUUCAGACAAACACUUUUGUUUGCCUUUCCUUGAAAACCUUGAAACGGUUUUUCGGGUCCCAUCCAUCAGGAGUCACCCCUGGUGGUACCUGAUCUGGGUGCAGCAUUGUUUUUGUCUUCUGCUGUCUUUCCCUCUCUGCUUUCUUCAGCAAGCAUCUGAAGAAGAGGAGCAGUUCUGUCCAGUGCACACCGAUGAAUAGCAAUGUGACUGCAUCUUUACAUGCUGCCUAAAAGAAAAGUUGGACCAACCAAAGUGCAUGUUUAUUUUCUGUCAUUGUAAAACAAGAAGGGGGGGGGGUAAUGAAAGUUUGAUGAUUAUUUGACAUCUUGUGGUCAGACCAUGUGUGACACCUAAUGAGACAGAGUCAAUAACAUAAGGUGAGACUGUGAAGGCUUGAAAAUCCUGUUUUUACACUGAUGGCUCCUCUUUGGAGAGUUAGUGUAUGUCAAAGAGUGUGAUACACUCAUGCCUGAAGUGAAGAUGCUGUUCUUUUAUACAGUGGCCUUUAGAUGGCAUUCUUGUAUCGUGCUAUUGUUUCCUAAUAAGUCAAAUUUGUUUUUAACAGUCAUUUGUUAUCAGCAGAGAGGUGCCAGAGAUUUAUAAAAGGAUUUUUUUUUUCUUUUUUUAGAUCUCGAGAGGAAUAUUUUAAAAACUAUCUUGUAGGAUGUUUUUAUCUGUUAUGGAUUUUUCUUCUGUGGACAGGAGCAAGAAACUAACCUCAUCAGUGAAACUAUUAUUUAAAAAAAGGCUUUUGUGUAGUUGUGUGUUUAAAAAUGUGUCUCAUUUUAGGAUUUGUAACUAUCGACUGAUCUAUAGCUGAGUUGAACACUUUUUUUUUCUUUUUUUCUUUUUUUUUUUUAACAGUGAUAUUUAACGCAGGAAUUGAACUUGCUUGCACCCAAAAUCUACUGGUGUUUGUCUUCUGAUGAUGGCAUAAUGAGCAUUAUUUAUUUAUUCCAAAUGUUGACAUAUUAAAAUGUGUGUGAAAAAAAAACAAAAAAAAAACUUUAAUUUCCUAAACAUUUGUGCUAUAUUUUGGGGUGAAAACUGAGGGUUCAGUCUAAAUUAUAUGAUGUCCUUCAAGGCUUCCCUGUCCAGCUUCAAUAAGUGAUAACAAAAUUGUAUUUAAGCAAACGUCGUAGUUAUUGUAUAGUUAGUCAAAGUUUUUUAGACUUGGUUACGUGGUUUCUUCAUUUUUUAUCGAUGCUCCUUUAAAUUUCAGACUGGACACAGGACUCAGUUUAUAUUUCACAUUUACUGUUUGUUGUCGGUAUAAUUUGGUGUCUGUUUUUUUGUCAGUAGUUGGCACCUGCACCAUAGAGUCUUGGGUUAAUAUGAUUUUUCGCAUUGGUUCACAUCAUUACAGUCAUUAUUUUGUGACUAAUGCCAAACAAUUGGUAAAUGCAUUCCAACAGUGAAACGUUCUUGAAUACUGAAGAGGAUGAAGCAAAUUAAAGCAACUAAAGUCUCAAAUGUUUUACUGCUAGAUGA